AUUCUCUCUUUUGUUUGGUUUAGGGUUUUGUCCGUCGAAAAUUUUCCCACGGUUACGUGGUAAAUUAAAUGACGUUUGCAUCAAUCAAAUAUCGAAUCAAUGAAUUGAACACGACUGUUGUUUUUGUUUUGCUGAAAAAAAAAAUAACGAACGGGAAUAAAAAAAACUUGGGAAAAUGGCAGGAGCUUCUGCAGUUUCUAUGCUUUCUUAUAAGGCCCCUCGUUGGGCAGCGAAAUUGAAAAAUAUGCCAGCUUCCUUUAUUAAACUUGCCCAUAGGCCAACACCUAUACAAGAAUGGCAAUUAGAUGAAGCUAUGGAACCAUUUAAACUUUACAUAAAAAGGGAUGACCAAACUGGCAAUCUACUGUCUGGAAACAAGGUGAGAAAAUUGGAAUUCAUUUUAGCAGAUGCUAUUUUAAAGGGAAGUUCUUGUGUGAUAACAUGUGGUGGUCUACAAUCUAAUCAUUGUCGAGCAACAGCAGUUGCUGCAAGACGACUUGGACUAAAAUGUCAUUUGUUACUAAGAAGUCACAACUUGGAAGAAGAUGCAAAAGUGGUCACAGGAAAUAUGUUACUUAAUCGAAUUCAUGGUGCUAAAUGCCACAUUGUCAAAUACCAAUCUCUAGCAGGUGGUUUAAAUGCUAAAAUGCUGCAACUUGCUGAAGAAUUGAAAAAACAAGGUGAAAUUCCAUACAUAAUUCCACUGGGUGGUUCAAAUAAUCUUGGAACAUUUGGAAUAAUAAGUUCGUUUUUGGAGCUUAUGGAGCAGGAUGUUCUAAAAAACUUCGAUGACAUUGUGUUGGCCACUGGUAGUGGUGGUACAUUGGCUGGCCUUGCUGUGGCAAAUUACUUAACUGGUGAGAAACUAAGGGUACAUGGAGUUUGUGUUUCCGAUGACGCUGAUUACUUUUAUAAGUUUAUUGAAGAAAACCUUCUAACUUAUGGUAUGAAGCGAGCAAAGGCUAGACAAAUAUGUGAUGUUAUUGAAGGAUAUAAACAACCAGGCUAUUCAAAAACAACUCCUGAGGAUUUAGAUCUUCUUGUGACAAUCUGUCAACAAAGUGGAAUUCUAUUGGAUUAUGCAUACACACUUAAAGCUGUAAAGGGGAUGCUAGCUGAAAUGAAGACAAAUCCAUCUCGAUUUAAAGGAAAUCGAGUUUUAUAUAUACAUACAGGUGGCACAUUUAGUAUAUUUGAUGGAACCGUAAAUGAUAUUUUAAAACAACGAAGUGAAAAUAUCCACGUGUGGAAUGAUGACGAAAUAAGUGAACAAAAAUAGCGAUCGAUUUUUUUUAACCGUUCCAUUUUCAAACAUUGAUUGUAUUUCUAAGAUUGUAGCUUUUAAAUGGUGUGUGUUAAAUUAUUGAAAAGUUGUAGAGUUUCUGUAAAUAGGUUUUAAAUGUGCGCAUAUGGAGAAAAAGACAUUUAUUUUUUUAUUACAGGCUGCGAUUGUCAGUAUUUUUAUUAUUAUGAUAAUACGAAAUACUAUGACCCGAUUAAAACGGUAAUUUUUUUUCAUGUUGCGGCCCAGCAUAGAAUAAUACAUACAUAAGACUAGAGUAUAAUGUCUACUAGUUUCCUUUUAAAACUGGACUCCGCUCCGUAAUCGGAAUGACGUAAUCUUUUUAGCGGGGAAAAAGGAUUAGGCUUUAGUUUACCAUGGACGGGAUAGUAAUAAUGACUAUAGCCAUUUACAGUGAAAUAGUUGAAGAGAGAAGACAACCAAGUAUAAUUUUGGAUUCAAAAUUCAUAGGAUUCAUAUAGUAUGUUGUGUUUUAAAAAAAAAAACAGUUUGUAUAGAUUUAUGCUAUUAUGACUUGACGGUUUCGAUUGAACUGAUAAACCAUCGCCGUCCAUGGUAAACUAGAACCCAGUCCCAUCCGCGCAAUAUCCAUAAUGGCGCAUGUCCUGUCUGAAUCGGUUUAUUAUCAAGCUUGCUACCUUAUUAAACGUAGUUAGGAAUUUUAUGUUUGAUUUGGAACCUUGUAUCCUAGAUUUAUUUGUAAAUUAUUUAUGUAUUUAGUAUUUUAUUCUCUUUUUUAUGAAAAUAGAUAAAAUAAUAACCUUGA